CGAAUUUUCUAUAGCCCACCACAGCAUAAGUUCAGCACAUAUACACACACACACACACACACAUACAUACGUACACGUAUACACACGUACACUAGCGAACGCCGUGCACUCAUCGUUCGCACCAGACUCGAGUCGAGUACAUCCACAAGUGCAAAACGUUUUUUCUAAAUUUUUUCGUUGUUGUCCGUCGUACGUACCAAAUCGAGACCAGUUGGUCGAGUGUCAUCGCCGCAUAAUACGACGACGACAGCUUUAAUAAUACAGCAAUACUAGCAUCGAGAUCGCAGAGGCAUCUUCUUCUUUGGGACUCGAGUGAAUUUCCAGAGUGACAUCGUCAACACUUUGCUUGUUGAGCGUCGCUUCAAAGAAAAAGGGUGGAAAAUUUGUGUCGACUUUGUUCGUGUGUUUUCGAGAGCUUGUGUGACUUACAUUUCAAUUACAAAGGCCGAGCCUGCAGAUAAUUUCGCAACCGAGUCGGAGUAAUAUGAGUAAUGCAGCCAACCAAAAUGGAUCAGGUCUAGAGCAGCAAUUAGCUGGUCUGGACUUGCAGGACUCCCGCCAAUCGAGUGGGGGUCGCUACAUUCCGCCGCACCUACGCAAAAAAGCUGGUGGUGGAAAUUCUGAUUCUACAGAUUCCUACCAGGACAGUGGUAGCAACAAUCCUCCUCCACCGCCCUCAUCCCAAGGUUCGGGUCGCUACAACGACCGUGGCGGGCGCGUAGACGACCAUCGCGGCGGCGGCGGCCGUGACUCGUACCGAGGUGGGCGCAACGACGCCGAUUUCGGCAACUUCGGCGGUCGCAAUCGACGCAACGACAACGGCUACGGCGGAGGUGGCGGCGGCGGUCGCUACAAUGACCGCGGCAGCGACAGAGACCGUCAGCAGGACCAGCCACCGACCGGCAAUGAUCGUUGGCAGGAGCAGCCGCGCAACGAUCGCUGGCAGGAGCAGCCGCGCAACGACCGCAUGGGCGGCGGCGGUGGCGGCGGGCGCUACGACGACAGGCGCGGUGGCAAGGAGAUCGACUGGACCGUGCCGCUGGCUCGCGACGAAAAGUCCGAGCUCGAGCUGUUCGGCGAGAGGAGCACUGGAAUCAAUUUCAGUAAAUACGAGGAUAUCCCGGUCGAGGCAUCGGGUGACAACAUCCCACCACACAUCUCAUCCUUUGAAGAGGUUAAGCUGACCGAAAUUAUCCGCAACAGUAUCAACUUGGCUGGCUACGAUAGUCCCACGCCCGUGCAGAAGUACGCCAUACCAAUAAUCAUCAAUCGUCGCGAUGUCAUGGCUUGUGCUCAGACUGGGUCUGGAAAAACAGCCGCCUUCUUAGUGCCGAUUUUGAAUCAAAUUUACGAGAGCGGACCGGCCCCUCCCCCUCAUGCAUCCGGUGGCCGUCGUAAGCAGUAUCCUCUUGGUCUGGUGCUGGCACCGACCCGCGAGCUGGCUACUCAGAUAUACGACGAGGCCCGCAAGUUUGCCUACAGAUCCAGAAUGCGACCUGCCGUCGUCUACGGAGGAUCCGACAUUUCGCAGCAGAUGCGCGAACUCGAUCGCGGCUGCCAUUUGCUCGUCGCCACCCCCGGUCGUUUGGUCGAUAUGUUGAAUAGAGGAAAGAUUGGCCUGCAUAAUUGCCGAUACUUAGUACUAGAUGAGGCCGACAGAAUGUUGGAUAUGGGUUUCGAGCCUCAGAUUCGUAUGAUUGUUGAAAAUAACAACAUGCCUGCCACUGGCGAAAGACAAACCCUUAUGUUCUCUGCUACCUUCCCGAAAGAGAUUCAAGUGCUCGCUAGAGAUUUCUUGAGUAACUACAUUUUCUUGGCCGUCGGUAGAGUUGGAUCAACGUCUGAGAAUAUUACCCAAAAGAUUGUUUGGGUUGAGGAACAUGAAAAGAGAUCUUAUCUUCUUGAUUUAUUGGAAGCUAAUGACUAUGUAACUUAUGCUGCUGAAUCCUUGACACUGGUGUUCGUUGAAACCAAGAAAGGUGCCGAUCAACUUGAUGAGUUUCUGCACAACUUGCAUUUCCCCGUCACCAGCAUCCACGGUGAUCGCUCGCAGUUCGAGCGUGAGGAUGCUUUGCGUAGUUUUCGGGCUGGGCAUACUCCGAUUCUCGUGGCAACUGCUGUAGCUGCCCGAGGUCUUGACAUUCCACACGUUAAGCAUGUCAUUAACUUUGAUUUGCCUGGAGACGUCGAAGAAUAUGUUCAUCGUAUUGGUCGUACUGGUCGUAUGGGCAACUUGGGUACCGCAACGUCGUUCUUUAAUCAUAAAAAUGCCAACUUAGUUCGCGAUUUGGUACCAUUGCUUCUUGAAGCUAAUCAAGAUUUACCAUCGUGGUUAGACAGCAUGUUCAACGAUAACCGACAUGGUGGUGGUAGCAGCCGUCGUCCUGCCGCUAAAGGUCGCUUCAGCGGAGGUUUCGGUGCUCGCGAUUACCGUCAAUCUGGCGGUGGUGGCGGUGGUGGUGGACCACCCAGUCGCAGCAAUGGAUCUUAUGGUGGUAGACCAGCUGGUUAUGGAGGUGGUAACGGUUACGGCGGUAACUUUAGCUCGUACAAUUCCAGUAACAAUAGUAGUAGCAAUGGUGGUACCGACUGGUGGGGUUAAUCGAAUUAUUAUUAAUUAUAUAAAAUCGCACCCAACUUCACUUGUGCAACCAUUACUACUACUUUUACUAUUACUACUAUAACUACUACUACUACAACUACUAUUCUACAUACAGAUUCAAUUAUAUGUAAGAAAAGUCACGCGGGCACACAAUAGUUUCAAAAAUUAUUAUCUUUUCGAAAAGAUGUCAAGUGUAGACCUGUGCGAGCUUAAAAAUCUCGAAUUUGAGACUCGUACCAAUCAAUGAUGCACACGAAGCAUACGUUACAAUUACACUAUUAUUAGGAAAAGAAAGCGUUGAAUAAAAAGGCAAAAUUACGAGAAAACAAACCAUUUGCGAGUAGUACGUAACGAAUAUUAUUAUCAUAUCAAAACUGCCAAUUAUACGCAAUUGUUGUGUGCGCGUUUUGGUUAGACUUGGAAAAAGAUGCAAGUAUUGGAUGUGAAGCAAUGUAUUUGUAUACGUGUAAACGACGUCCGAUGGUACGUAAAGAUGUCAGCGAUGAUUAAAAAAAGCUUUUACGCAAUGAAAAAGACAAAGAAACGUAUUACUUUUCUUUUUGCGAUGCUCGGGAGCUUAAAAUAUAGAUAAACUCUUGUUGCAACGCCAAAUGAGUCGAGGAAUCUUGUUGAUGGAUAAUUUGACUAUAAUUUUGCUGACAUGAGGAAUAUAAGAACAAGUGAUGUCUCUGACUGAGAUGAAAACGAUGUCGUAUUAUUAUAUAGUUGUAAGCACUCGUACGUUGCUUAAAUUAAUAAACAUGAAAUUCAAAACUGACGCAAGUAUUACUUGCGGUUGCUGAAAAUAAUGCAACAAACGCAGCUCGUUGUGACUUUUUCGUAAUCAUAAUAAUUAGCGAGUAUUUAUUUUGCUCGGCAUCUCGAGCCCUCGAAGGACAGUUGUUUUUAAUUUAAAAUCAGAAGAACUCGAAGCUUGAAGCUAUGUUUGAAAAAAUUCACGAUAUAAUGUUUAGAAUCGACGAAUGGUACUUUAGUCCUUUGCCGUCCCUCAAUUUCAAAAGAGACACAGAAAAGGAAUAAAAUACAGGCUCUAAUGUUAAUUGCAACUUAAAGUCUUUCGGAAAGACCAAGAGUCCUAGGAAAUUGACAAAUGAUAUAACAAAAUAUAACCACGCGCCUUCAUAAUAAGUGAAUCUAUUUGAUUAGAUUUCAUUUAAAAGGGAGAAUCAAAUCGGAAGCAUGGCUUAUUUAAAAAAGCUUCUCGUUCGUUCUUCCCUCCUCUAAUUAUUGAUUCUCCAAUUAUAUUAUAUGUUAUUAGUUUUCCUCUACGCAAACAACGAGAAGCCGACGUGUAUCACGGCGAUGACAACUUCGAUAAAGUCGGCUAUUUUUACGUGAUAUUAUAGAACUAUUUAUGUAGCUGUCGGAUCUCAAAAAAAAAGAUGCAGAAUUAUAAGAGAAUCGUUAUCAAAGAGAAUUGUUGCGUGUUUGAACUGAAUGUUCAUUUAAAUAUAUCUGUAUAAUAUAUGCACGUGUGAAAUCGUCGUUUGCGUUUUGAGGAUAUAUAUAUAAAUAUUAUAUGCGUGCGUGUAUGUCGGUGCGUAAGACCCACUCGCUCAUACACAAUCGAAACAAAUGUGUCUCGUCUAUAACAUGUAGACGAAGUAGUUAAUUUUCUUUUUCAUUAUAGUUUAUGUCCAAGGAGAAGCAAGCCAAUUUCUUGUAGCUUGAUUAUCGAAAGAAAUAGAGAAUUGACAAACCGGAUUCUAUAAUAUUAAUAAAUUAAAAAAGGUUGCAGUUACAGAAGUUGCUUAGAGUGUAUUAAAGGGUGGGAUAACGUAAACAAGUUUCAUACUUAUGAAAUGACAGAAAAAAAACAAACAGUAGAGAGAAUCCUAUGUAUGAGUGUAAUGCGUGUUCGAUGAACUUUUUUCUCUGUUAGGGCUCGCUGUUAAAGUACAGAAGUCUUGCCCCCUUGUGUGUGAAGCCGUCGAGCAUUUACACCGCAAAUUUUGUAAUCUUUAUUUAAAAAAAGAGAUUUAUUAAAAUGAACAAUAUAUUUAAAAAUGAAUAAUGUGCGCUAUUAUUAAAUAUUUGUCAUAGUAAUACUUAAACAAAGGGUUGAAACGAUGUUUUGACAUCGUCCCCAUCGUAAUAACACGAAAAGCAUCUUUCAAAAUAAACAAGACAUUUUAAAGAAAAAAAUUAAUUAAUUGAAAAACGACUGUGAUAUUGAACGAUCUUGCGACAUUCGAUUGUUAGCGUUAAUUGUAAAUUGUUUUUAAUUUGUUCGUAAAAAAAGAAAACUGACGAGCCUACGUGUAUACGAUUAAUUGUUUUAUAAGUAGGUAACAGACGCUGUUUAAGGAUCGAAUGUCCUCAUAUGAGUACGGGUUAAAAAACAAGUCGUUAGAUUUGCGCGGUUUUAACAUAAUGUAAAGGGUAAUCCAAAUUGAAAGGGUUCAUUAAAAGAAAAGAUAAAAAUACUUUGCUGUGAUGUCCGACAUAGCUCGUGUUAUAAAGAAGGAGGACCGAACGUUUAUGUGUCCAAAUGUAAUACAUACGAAAACGCGUGUAGAAUUUUUCAUUAAGCAAGAGAAAGAAAGAAAGUAGGGACCGCGAGUAAGCAAAUUGCAUGUAAUACAAAGUCGUCUUCGUCGCGAUCAAUGCAAGAUUCAAAAACCAUCUAUAAAAUCCGCGCAGUGGAAUCGCAUUGCAAACAGUAGAUUGUGAUGCUCACAAGCACUGCCAAACGAAUCAACAUUUACAGCUAAACGUUUUUUUACUACCGCUCUAUCGCUUCUCCGACAUACGUUUUUACCCAAGAACUAUCGGAGACGUGACGUGAUUGUAAUUAUUUUCUAAAAUGUAGAAUCUCCUCGAAGACGAUAAUGUGGCUGACAAAAGAAAUAUCACGUUAGCUGGAAAAAGAGUACAAUUUUUAAAAGUAAUUUGAGUAUAGCAUGAAGAUUAUAUCUAUAAAAUAAGAAAUGUUUGAAUUUAUUGAAAUAAAAAAAUAAUCUAAUGAUUUAUUAGUUCUCAAGUAAAAAGUCUUAUUAUUGAACAACGAGUAUUAUUUUCUUUGAUUGACAAAUAAGAUUAUGUACGUACUUCGUAAAUGCUAGUCUGUACAGAGCUUUAUUACAAUGUAUUGAAGUGAAAAAAAAUUUAGAAUCGCUACAAAAAAUUUAAAUUUCGAUUGAAUAUCAGAAAUCAAUCAGUCGAUUGAGAGAUUAAUCCCUUUUUCUGUCUUUCUCUCUUGCGUUUAGUUAGAUGUACUUCGGGAUAUGACAAUUAUAAAAGAAGCCCCUUUUAAAACUUCUUUUUUAUCUAAUAGAAGUACACAGGUGGCGGGAUGAAUUUUGUACGUUUACCAAUAUAUCGUAACUUCAUAUUUCUUUUUUUUUACUUGUAUGGUCGCACGAUUUUAAUAUUUUUUAUAGGAUUAUUCACACGUUUUACAUUUUAACGUCUUAACUGCAUAAAUAAUCACACAUUUUUUCUAUUCAUCUUAACAGAAGCUUAACAGUCUUGCAUUUUUUUUUCUUCCGAUAUAUACACUUACACAUUAUAACUUCAAUAAAAACAGGAUGCUAUAACAGCAUUCCGUGCGACGCUUUCGACAAAAAAAUCAUGACAAUUCUGACAUGGUGUACAAGCUGAUGUUUGGAAAAAAA